CCGCGGGGCCGCGCUCGGGUCCCCAGCGCGGCGCGAACCUCGCUCCCGGCACCGCGCGAGCCCCACGGCCGGUCCCGUCACUGCCCCGCAGACAUUCCACGGCCGCUCCAUCCCCCGCAGCCCCCGGGGGCGCGGCCUUGAGGGCUCCGCCCCGUGACGUCCCGCGGCGGAAGCGCCGUCGCUGCCGUUCAGUUCCGGGUCGCCGCCGCCGCGGCCCUGCCCGAGCCGAGAGGGCGGGCGCUCCCUGUUCCCUGCGGGGCAGCGCGCCGGGGGCCGCGCACGGGGCACCGGGCACCGCCGAGGCAGCGGAGCGUUUCUGUUCCAGGAGAGUUGUCACUGCUGAAGAUUCUUGAUGCCAGACACUCAACCUGCUGCCAAAUAGCCAUGACAGAGACGAGGUAGCUGCCCCAGCGCGAGGGAAACACUGAUUUCAAUGGAUACAAAAUACAAAGACGAUUUAUUUCGGAAGUAUGUACAGUUCCACGAGUGCAAACUGAAUGCCUCUGACAACAAGCAGCGUCCUAUUAACGAUGAGUACUUGCGAGUGGCAGCAGCGGCCUUACUUUGCCUUCCCAAAAUCGAUCCCUUUUAUAGAUUCCGGUUGAUUAAAUUUUAUGAGAUGGCUGAAAACUCACUGAGAUCUGUGAAAUCCUCGAGUUUACAUUGUCUCCACAAUGCAUUCAACAUGCUCGAGACAGUUGGAAUUAAUCUCUUUCUGUACCCCUGGAAAAAGGAGUUCAAAAAUAUCAAGACCUACACUGGACCCUUUGUUUAUUAUGUAAAGUCUGCUCUGACCGAAGAUGAUGUAAGGCAGAUUCUGAACUACAUGGGCUACGUCCCAGAACUGGGAACAACCUAUAAGCUCAAAGAGCAGGUCGAUGCCAUCCAAGUGAAAAUGAUUUCAUUUGAACUCUUUUUGGCCAAAGUGGAAUGCGAGCAGCUUCUUGAAAUUCACUUGCAAGUGAAGGACAAAGGCUAUUCAGAGAUCGAUGUCAUAAACGAGCGGAAGAACAGCAGCGAGGACGUGCGAGGCUGCUCCGAGGCCAUGAAGCGGCGUGUGGAGUGCAAGGAGAACUUGAACACUUCCAUGGCACGGAUGGUGCUCCAGAAAUCGGCCAGUGAACGGGCCUCUAAAGAUUACUUCAAGCCAAAGGUGAGCAAGCCUUCCAAGUCGGUGGAUACGUAUGAUAAUUACUGGGAAAGUAAGAAACCGCCUUUGAUGAGCUCCCUGAGCCUCAGGAAAGAGCCGAUUUUGGUCGACGCGGAAGAUGACAUUAAAGAUGAAAUUAUCCGCCCGUCGCCCUCUCUGCUGACCAUGUCCAGCUCCCCACACGGGUGUUCAGACGAGUACUUGCCAACUUCAUCUCAUCACAAUGGCAUGCUAAGAACAAACGUCCCUUACAGCUCCUAUUUUUCUGCUCAAGAGGACUUAGAUUUAUAUACUGAUCACGAUUCUAGAGGUAUGUUAAAUUUUAAAAGGCAAGAAUCUAUUAAGCCUGAUGUGUGGCUGUUAAGAAGCGAUGCCAACCCCGUUUACCACAAACGCACCCACCUAGCCAAAGAGACAGCUUCCCCCAAGUGCCAGAACUGUGGUGUACCCUGCGGCACUUCUGUUUGCCAAAAGUGUGACAAUCUGUUCGGCUCCAGGCAGGAAUACCCAGCGGUGAAACAGAGCACCUACUCAAUCAAACCACUCCCAAACGACAGCUUGUCACCUGCGUCUGCUCUGAGGGAGAAGUCACAGUACACAUCACAGACUCAGAGCCAAGACAGAGCUGCUCAGUUCAGCUCCAAAUCCAAGCCUUCGGGCACUUCUCGCUGUGGCUUCUGUAACCGCUCCGGAGCUGCGAACACUUGCACGUUCUGCUCAAAAGUCUCCUGUGACUCUUGCCUCAAUGCUUACUAUUAUGACCCCUGCUGUAGGAAGAGCGAGCUCCACAGGUUCCUGCCUAACAACCAGUUAAACUAUAAAUCAUCCCAGCUGUCCCACGUGGUCUAUAGAUAGACCCGAUUAGUCUGUUUGGGAAGGAAAGGGGAAGGGGAAAGGGCUAUCCUAACUAAUGUUCUGACUCCACACUGACCUCUUACCAAAACCACACGUCCAAAUAUUUGGAACCAUGGUUCGGUGAUCAGGUGCCAGUUCUUGGUUUUUGUGGCUUCGUAGAUGCUGCAGAUCCAUUAGAUUUCAUGCUGCUAUAAUUUAGGUAACUCCUAAAUGAUCAUUGCUUUUCAAUUUAAAUGGGGGAGAGAGCACAUUUUUCCUUAAAACUUGGCAGCUGUUGUAUUUUUAAAAAGUGAUAUCACACUUUUCUAUUACAUCGCAGUCAUCUCCUGGCCCAAACAAAGCCAGGCAGGGCUUGAAGAUAAAGCCAGAGAAUUAAGAUUCUCGUUUUCUAUGAGCGACAAAACUGCCGGUUUUUGAUAAAGUAUGACUUCAAAAUGUGCAGGAAAUAUGUGAGUGGCUUGUUUUGCCAACAAGGACUAUUUUUUGACAUGUGUCUGCAUUUCUUGAUCUCCAAAAUGCAAACACCACAGCGUCUCUUCCUUUUGUUUUCGUUUCCUCCUUCUCCCCUUCUCUCCCAGUUGUUUAUCUCAAGCUUAUGUAUAAUCUGAAUCUGGGUAAUACGUGCUUUAUUUUCCGGUGUUGCCAAUAUCAUCCUUCUGGAUUUUACUGUAUGGUAUUUUAAAGAGGCGAACGUGUAUCUGUGUCACUCAGAUGAUGCCUGGAGUGUUGUCCUCUCAGAUGAGUAUCCAUCCUCUUUACUUUCUGUUGCACAUGUAUUAAGUACUGUUCUUUGUACUGUAAAUAGGUGAUUUGGAAACAGUUUAUUUUUAAUAAAUAUUUAAUACGUUGAGUUCUUAAAAGUGGUAGAAUCAUUAUAACUAUGAAGUCUCUCUGGGUUAUUUGUUCAGGUGUGACCUUUUGUUUUUCCUUGUACUUUAUUUCAUAGCUUAUUAUAGCCACUCUGGCAGACUGAUGUUCUUGGCUCUGAUCAGUUCUUGGUUUUAAUCUGCCUUUUCUUUUUUUUUCCCCUCUGAUAAGACUAGCACUAGUCUGAGUGGAGUCUUGUCUAAGAAUUGCAGGAUUUUGCUUCUCAGUGCACGCUUUUUCUUUGUGGUUAUGGAAAUUGUAAGUAUUAAUGUUAUGCUUGCUUCCAAAUUCAUUGCCAAGUCCGUAGUGUAGAACAGCAAGUAAAGCACUGGCCUGGUUAAAAAUCAGAGCUCAUUUGUGACUCCUGUUCGAGUGAACCCAUCAGUUAUGGAUGUGAAUCAGAUAAUAACCCUUGUCUAUUGCUAUAGUACUUGGGAGCCCUGGCUGAGAAUCAGGACUCCCUGGUGCUGGGCUCUGUACAGUUUGACCCCCAAACAACACCUGGUUAUGAAUAGACUUUAGUUUUUUAUUAAAAGGAAACCCAUAAGAAUCCUAACUCCCUUAUUCCAACUAGCUAGUUAGCACAAAGUAUCAGGCAACCUAAUCUGAUGUGCAGAACUAAAUGUGUUCAAAAUAUCUGUAAAGAACUCUAGCUGAGAUGUAAACUAUGUAGUCCACUUUGCACUGAACUUAUUCACUUAGGGGUUUUUAACCACUGUUAGAGUCUAGGCUUCUCAAUUCAGUGUCCAUCAAUCCCUGUGUGACACAAACAUGCAUGAAUGAUUGUUUGUCUUACUUUUUUUUUUUUUUGGGUGGGGGGAGGGCUUCAGGUAGGUAGAGGGGGAAAUUAUAUAGGCUAACAUUGUAAAAUAGCUAAAAUAAUUUUAGCCGUAAAUGGGUGUCAGAAGCGUAAUGGAAAUAAGAUGGAACCUGGGUCUUACAGAGGGCUGAGAACAAUAAGUUACUGUCCAGUUUGCACUAAGAAACAAAGUGAAUGGUGUGUGUUUAACAAUCAGGGACUGCAACUGAACAUAAUGUCAAGGUCAAGUACUGCCUUGCUGACCCUAAAGGUUGGGGUGAAUGUUGUUUAGGUGAAUGAUUUUAAGGUUUUCAAAAUCUUGUAUGUUUUUUAUAAAUACAUAUAUAUAUAUAUAAAUAUGACACAAAUGUAGAUACGUUAUGUAUAUAGUGAAGAAUUUAAAGAACAAUUUUACUAUUACAAUGCAGUCUGAAGGUGGUUUUCCUUUCGGUGGUUAUUUUGGUUUUGUUCACCUUCUGCAGUGUCAUGCCUGUUUGGCUGCUCUACAGUGUAUCUUCUAGUUCACAAGUUCAAUUUCCAUAUGGCUACUCACACUACAGUGAAUAACUAAAACUGUGAUGCCACGUAAUUUUUACGGUGACCAGAGCAGGGACUAUACUUGCUCUGAAAAAGAAAAGUCCUCUGUAUAUAUGUCAUGGAAUCCUGUAGUACAAGCCUGUGUUGAAUUGAAGUGAUACCAUGCUCUAUUUUUGUGUAUCUUACUGUAUGAGGUUGCUGUGAUUGAUACAGUAAAAUAUAUGCUAAUUGAAAAUGCAGGUGUUUUGCAUCUGAUUUGUUUAAAUUAAUUUAUGUUUUGGAGGAAUUUAAAAAAAAAUAAAGAGGCCUUUAAGAAAAGGCUUAACUCUUUUCUUAAA